ACAAAUGGCUCAAUUGAAUCGUAAUCGAAUCUCAAUAGAAUUAUUUGACACUUUUGGUAUUCUGCUAUUAAAAAAAGACCAAUGAUUUUCCAAUGGCAUUCCAUUGAACUGCCAUUGGACUAUUUGGUAGUCUGCUCUUCAAUCGUGUUACAAUCGUAAAUCGAUUGUGGGUUAAAAUGGUAUUCUACUAUUAUUUGACGUUUGUUUGAUAUUUGGACCAAUGAACUCGCAGUGUCAAUUUUGCUAUUGAAGUACGAUUGAGCAACAAUACGUGUUUCUGUGGUGUUACUCAAGCAAAUUGUUGGUAUUUUGAUAAAAAAAAUCGACAUGAGACCAUCAGUGGUGUCCUUAAGGUGGCGUAUUUUGGCGCUAGCAAAUGCCAGAGACCGAAGACGCCAAAUGGCAAACCGGCGCCGUAAAACGCGUGCCUAUAUAAGGCGUACAGUGGAUGCCUUAGAAGAUUUGCCCGAGUCGGAAUUUAUAAAAACCUUUCGGCUCGGAAAGCCACAAGUGAGGGCACUGACGGAGGUACUCACUCCGUAUCUGACACAAGCGAGGACGCGAAGGGAUGCGAUAUCCCCCAGUUUAAAGAUACUUAUUGCUCUCAGUUUCUACGGAACUAGGUCAUACCAGACUUUGGUUGGCCAAAGCUUAUUCCACCAUGUGUCACAGACCACUGUCUCAAGGGCUGUGAGACAAGUGACUGAGGCACUCAAUAAGCCUGACAUUUUCAAAAGAUAUGUUGUCUGGCCCAUGCAAAGGCAAGACAGAAACAUAAUCAAGGCAAAGUUUUAUAGAUUCGGGAUUCCCGGAGUGUUGGGCUGUAUUGACGGCACUCAUGUGGCCAUCCUGAGCCCGGUUGUCCAUGAGGAGAGGUAUUUUAACAGAAAGGGAUACCAUUCCCUAAAUGUUAUGAUUAUAUGUGAUUCUGAAUUGAAUAUCAUGUGUGUGGAUGCAAGCAGCCCUGGGUCAGCCCACGAUUCAAGUGUGUGGCAAAGCCAUCCAAUAUAUAACCACAUGAAGGAGUUGUGUGAUGCUGGGGAGCAUGUGUUUUUAUUGGGUGAUAGCGGAUAUCCACUAAGAAUGUUCAUGAUGACCCCGAUAUUAAAUACCGUGGAAGGGACACCGGAGCAUCACUUUUAUCAGCUGCAUGUGACUGCACGCAAUUCAGUGGAGCGCUGCAUUGGGGUGUUAAAAGCUCGUUUCAGAUGUCUGCUAGUUGCACGAGCCUUGCACUAUAACCCAGUGACUGCUGGGAAAAUAGUCAAUGCUUGCUGCGUGCUGCAUAACAUUGCAAACCGAAGCCGAUUGCCGGUGACACCUCUUUCACCGGAGGAAGCCCAUGUAGAGAGGGUACGACAGCAUCAAAUUGAAAGUGAAAUAGCAGCAUCAGCGUCAGCACAGGGACUAGACGAACCAAACCGACGCGUCAACCUUGACCUCCAUAGAGGAAGAAUGAUUCAAAGAGCCCUCAUUGAGAGGUUAUGGAGAGAAAGACAAAAUUAA